UUUCUCAUCUUUUUUCCUUGGACACACCCCACCAGUCCAAACUCCAAAGGCCUCACCACCGACUCUCAAGAAGCGAAAACUGCGACUUGAGCAAGCAGAUCCUGUUUCCAUUCUUAGGGCUCUUUCUCUCUCUCUCUCUCUCUCUAACCCUUCUUGAUCGCAGGGAAUAGGAUUUUGCUCCACCGAUCUGCAUUGGCCCUAGGGGACUCCGAGCCCUCGGAUCCGAUCUAUCCGUCGCCGCCAUGGGCAUCCUCUUCACCCGGAUGCUCUCUUCCCUCUUCGGCAACCGGGAGGCUCGGAUCCUGGUCCUCGGCCUCGACAAUGCCGGGAAAACCACCAUCCUCUAUCGGCUUCAGAUGGGGGAAGUAGUCUCCACGAUCCCAACGAUCGGAUUCAAUGUGGAAACGGUGCAGUACAACAAUAUUAAGCUGCAAGUUUGGGAUCUAGGUGGGCAGACAAGUAUCAGGCCUUAUUGGAGAUGCUACUUUCCAAACACCCAAGCCAUUAUCUAUGUUGUUGAUUCAAGUGAUACUGAUAGACUGGUGACGGCUAAGGAUGAAUUUCAUGCUAUCCUAGAGGAGGAAGAGCUAAAAGGUGCGAUUGUCCUCGUAUAUGCAAACAAGCAGGAUCUCCCAGGUGCACUUGAUGAUGCUGCAAUAACCGAAGCCUUGGAACUUCAUAAGAUAAAAAACCGUCAAUGGGCCAUCUUUAAAACUUCUGCUAUAAAAGGAGAAGGGCUAUUUGAAGGAUUAGAUUGGCUCAGUAACACGCUCAAGUCUGGAAGCUAAUUUGUGGAGUACAAGGUACAUUUCUCUCAGGUCUAAAAGAGAGGAUGAAGGGCUUGCAGAUCUUGGGGAAGGAUCGAUGAUCUUGGUUUUUCAUGCCAUGAUGGUAAAAUUUUUCUGACGUCUUUCUUAUAGCCCGAGAGGUUUCCUCACACAGGUUUACUUGUGAAAUUGUAGUUAAGGAAUUGGAAUAUAUAUCAUUCUGUUUGACAUUAGGAACUUUCAGCAGCCUUAUAAUUGGUGGAGCAAAUAUUGUUUGAGGGUAUAAAAUUAUUUUACAUCCUUUCAAGAUUGCAAUUGAUCAUUAGUUAUAAAUGUUUUAGUUAUCUAUCUCACAGACAGACGAGGUGAUUCUUUUUCUUAAUUAGUGUCUCCGGACAUUUGUCGUUUUAAGAGAACCCUAUUGGGUAUAUAUUAUUUAUUCUUUGCCA